AUGGCACGUAAUGUAUCAUACAUGCUUAAUUUGUAUCAUACAAGUAAGUAUGUGAUAGAGAACGGUAGCAUCAACACUUUUUCGAAUAUGCCGGAUGAUGGUUUGUUUGUCGAAGAAAGGUUGUCAUAUGAGAGAUUGAUUAGUAAGAUUUGUAUGACACUUGGUUGGGAUCCAGCGCACGUGAAACUCCACCUUUCUUUGAUUUUCGAUAGUCCCGGUGGUAGGCGUGUAGUGAAGAUCAAGAAUGAUUCGCAUGUAGAGUUCAUGAACCGUGUAGAUCCAAUGUCAUGUUUGGAUUUAUACAUAGAUUUGGAAGAUAUCACUCAAGAAGAAAGAGAAGCGAGUUUGGAAAACGUGUCAUUUGGUGGUUUUCCAAGGGGGGAACGUGCUAGUACUUCUCAAAACCGUGAUAAAGAGGAGACACCUUUAUUUGCACAAAAUGACUACCGGGAAGAGUCGGAUUCCGACUACAUAGCUCCAAGUGAAAGCGAAGAAGACUGUGAUGUAUCCGGAGAGACUGAUUUUGAAGAAAGUGAUGAUGAAAGGUUGGAAAAUGAGGAAAGGGAUUGUAAUCUAUUCGCCCGACGCCAUGUAUAUAGUAAGAUGGGGAACUGGGAUGCCUCAUGUGUAGACAAGGAUGAGUUUGCUCUUAAGAUGUGGGAUGAGACGCCCGAAGGAAUGGACAUUGGUGUUUGUUUCAAAUCUCAAUCAGAAGCAAAGCAUGCUGUGAAAUUAUGGAACAUCCAUCAUAAAAGGGAAUAUACGGUCGCCGCGAGUAGUCAAAGGACGUGGGCUGUGUGGUGCAGAACAUUUAAUGUGGAAAGUGAGGAUGGUGAACCACCAUCCAGUUUUGAAGCCACCCCUUUCGAUGGUGAUGAUGCUAUGUGGCGUGUUGUUACUGCCAGACGCCUAAGUGGCAGGAGUGGGUCUCUGCAUACGGUAUGGGCGUAUGAGCGGAUCGAGAGGAUCGCGCCCCAAAGAAAAGGAGUAGAUUAUUUGAUUGAUGAGAUCGCUCCAUUAGCUCAGCGGUGGGAAUGUAGGUAUACCUAUGGCGACGCCCCAAGGAGCAGCACUCCACCUUUUAGAGAUCAAUUAACAAGUCUGCGUGUUGAAGAUUUUCGGUGGCAACCAUAUGCACAUGUCCUCCAUAGACUCCCUGAUUUCUGUACACAAGGCCAAGCCAUUUGGACGACUAGGUGUUGGAUGUUCUGUUGGGCUAUUAGGGAACCCCACGAGUUGGGCAGAGUUGUAAGACAAUUUGGAUACAUACAGGAUGUUCCCAAGCGCCCCAUGAUUAAAGAUAACGCAGCAUUCCUUCUCGAUCACGUCCACAGUAUGUCUGGGUAUCCUAGCAAUAAUUGGGUGGAUCACGAUUCCGCAGUACGUCGUCAUUGGAAUAGGAGAGAAGAGUUCGUGCUACGAGAUUUGGAGGAAGGAGAUCCUGGUUCCGUAUAUGAGGGGUACUAUGAAUGGUUCAUGGUGAACACUGUCAGACUGAUAUCCAAUCCCGGUAAUUAUGAACCUCAAGGAUAUGAGACUUCUUCGAGCCGCGUGAAAUUAUAUGGUGAAGUAUUGAACAACAUUCGCGUGAGUACCGAGAGGUUUAGAGAAAAACGAGAAGAUGAUAAUCUCCUAGACGAAGAACUUGACAAGCAUUUGGACGAUAUCAUCAAUCAAACACAUGUUGCUUUAACCUUGGGCGCAAAUGAUGAGAUGGAGGUGGAGGAUACCCAAAUCCUGGUUGAUGAAGAUCCAUUUUUGCCCUCACAACCUCCGCCGGGUAAAAAAGCGAAACCGUGGUCGAGAGAUAAGAUUGGAGGAGGAAGAAAGAGGAAGGUCACAAUCCCCCCUCGGACAUCGCAACAACAACCUGAGGGUCAACAAAAUGAGGAUCAAGCACAUUCUUCUCGAGGCUCGCGCAUCCAGGUCGAGACUCAUUUUGAAGAAGCUAGUGGACCCGAGACUCAGUUUGACCUUGGUGGACCCGAGACUCAGUUUGACCUUGGUGGACCUGAGACUCAGUUUGGUGGACAGUCGCAACCACAACCGGGAGUCAAAUUUAUCACCAUGGGGGAGUCCCAAUCCCAACCCCAAAUCAAGGCUCAGUUUGGUGGACAGUAG